AUGAGUACCGAUUCUGAUGAAUCUGAAUUUUUGAUAUAAUACUUCUCAAAUCUAAUCCUUGCUCCAGAAAGUCAAAAACCUCAACCCAUUAACAAUGAAUACUCUUCCUAGAUUUUAUAUGUUUUUGUUCAUACAAAUUAAAGAUUCGAUUACAAAUCAUGGGGUUAAGAGUAUUUUGGGAAAGCAGUGAAAAUUAGUAUGUUUCGAAGAACUCAAAAAUAUACGAUAUUGAAAUUGUUGAGUGACUAAGUUCUGUUCUAAAAUUUUAGACAUCAAGAGAUGAAUUGCUGUAUCAAGCCAACGUUCCAUAUAAGUGCUACACUUUCGGUUCAAGUGCCAUUCGACUAUAUAAAUGAGUACACGGUUUAAGGGGAUAAAACUAUCUAUUUAUUAGGUAAAUAAUGUAAGUUGAAAGAAGAUGAUAAAAUAGAAUUUAAAUCAUAUAAGGUGGAUCUAUUGAUCAAUAACACAGAGUAGAUAAUGAAGGUUAUCUGCAGUAUUUUGAAUAGUAGAAGAUAAGGUAAAAUUUUGAUAGGAAUUUCGUAUGAUAAAGAUUUAAAUGGUUACGUCGUUAGCGGAUGUUUUUGUUAGGAGAAGAAAGCCUAUUAGGUGAUGAACUCAAUAAUGAAUAAAUGUAAGGAGUUUGGUUGUGAUUAAUGGGUGAACAUCAGAUUGCAUGAGUGUGGAGUGCUGCUUUAGGAUCAAUGCUAUGUUGUGAACAAUCUAAAAAUAUUUGAGAUCAUCAUUAAUGAGGGCACGAAUCAAUUGAUAACCAUUACGCCUGGCAAAUACUAUAUCAGAGAGAAUGGAUAAUCAGUGCCUAUAAAAAUGAAAUAACUAUUUAAUUAUUGGAAAGAUAAAAUGAUAACAGAGGAGGAGUUUGAGUAGUGUCUCAACUUUUAUGAUGAAUUGAUGAAGAAAAACAAGUUGAUCUGA